UGAUGUCGUCGUUCCACAUCUCGCUUGCCACUACUGUCACAGCACCCUCAGCGAGUGCUGCGACCAUUGCCCCUCAUUACCUUAACUGCUCCUUUCGAAUUCACUUUCAGAGGCGGAACCAGUGACGGACUCCUGUAACCCGGCUUUCUCUUCACCUUUCAAUCAUGACUUCCAUGGCGGAUGUUCCGGUGUACAUGUUACCUGGAGUACCGGUGGUGCAACCGCCUCAUCUUGAGGGUCUUUCAGAUCCGUCUCUUUCAACUGAAAUUUUACCAGGUCCACCUUCCCUGCUGUCUGUUCAGCAGGCUGCGCACAAGCGCGACCCGAAGAAACCAGGAGCUUUUGUGUCAUAUCUCCCAGCAUCUGAUCCAGGCACCACCUACUCUGGAUUAAUGGCUUCUACUGCCCUCAGUGCCUCAGAUGCUGAAGGGCAACGGCGCAAACGUGCUAGGGUCGACAAAGGAACCGCAAAUGGAAGGGCUCAACGUGCAUCUGCUCGUAACUUGAAUAGCAAUGCCAUUCCUCCGCCGGAUCUCAUCGUCGCUGAAGCAUCUUCUCGCCAACCCAGCAUACCCCCACUCCAAGACUCCGACCCUUUUCCGAUAAACCAUGACUUUGACGAGCUUUCAAUUUCCCGAGCUACCUCUGCUCCUGCUCUCGAUGAACCCUUGCCGCCCCAACUGCCCCUUCCAGUUGUAUCAAAUGGAAGAGGAAGACCGAGAAAAGACAAAGGAAAAGGAAAAGAGACUGAGAAGCACUCUGUAAAGAUCAAGGAGGAACCAAUGGCCACGUACUCGCUCUCUCCCGACCCUUCACUUGGACUGUUGAACGAAGAUCACUGCUCAUCCUGCCGGUCAUUGGGAGCUCUGGUAUAUUGUGAUGGAUGCCCACGAGCCUUCCAUCUCUGGUGCUUGGACCCACCAAUGGAAACUGUGGACCUGCCGGAACUCGGCGAGAGGUGGUUUUGUCCUAGCUGCACGAUUCGGAAGCGUCCACCGAUCAAACCCCCUCCUUCCUUCAUGUCGCCCCUCAUUCAUCAAGCACAGACAAACAUUCCGAAGGAAUUCCAGCUUCCAGAAGAUGUUAGAAGUUUCUUCAAGGAUGUUGCUACUGGUUCCAAUGGGUGUUACGUUGAUGGCUCAGAGGUCAAACCACCUCGCCUGAAUCGCCAUGGUCAGCUCGAGGAACGCGAACCUUAUCGCCUGAAAGACAAGAACGGUGUCCCUGUACUUUGCUUCCGUUGCGGAACAUCUACCCUUCCCAGUGUUGUUGAUGUAUCUGCUCCACCAGCAAAGCGUUCUAGGAGGUCAACUUCGUCCUCCCAUAGUGCCACUCCCGAAGUUUGGAGAAGCAUGGUGUCCUGCGAUUACUGCAGUCUUCAUUGGCAUUUAGAUUGUCUCGACCCGCCUCUCGUGGCUAUGCCUCCGUUCAAUAAGAAGUGGAUGUGUCCCAACCACGCAGAUCACGUUUUGCAACCCAAGCGUCGCAUUCCCAAGCAAAAUCCACCCAUGAUAGACAUUACAAAACCACGCCAGUUUAAUAAUGGCAACAUCGACGUUGUCCACCCACAGGGCACUUCGAUGGCAGAGAAGUUAGUCUUUGAUGAAAUCCUUAUCAGUGGCCGAAGAUAUAGGGUUCCGGAGAAAGUGAUCAUGCUCGAUUUCUGGAAUAAGAUCAGCAAAGAUCAGCAUCUUGAUCAAAGGCCACCGGUGUCCGCGAUGUCUUCGCCUCUCACGUCCCUGAGCUCUUUGGAUGAUUUUGAUGAAAGCAUUGGCACAUUACCAGAAGGUCCUCUUAUCUCACGAGAUGAAUUGCAUGCUGCGCAGGCAUUGUGCAAUUUCCAGCGAAUGCUGACCAUACAAACAGAGCAGAGACAUGCUCCUGUUGGUAGUUCAAAUAAUCUCGUUGAUUCCAGUACGCAAACGGAAGCAGAGUUACCACCUACGAUACCUUUACCCCCGCAGGUGGAGGCGUUGAGAGCGUCUACUACAAGGUAUCGCAAAGCACCUAUGAAGUCCGCUCUCCUUGCGACUGAGAAUGGUUCCGCCGCCAAGCUAUCAGUACAAACUCCUCUUGACCAGUCGGCUCCGGUGCGGCCCAAGAGGGCGCGAACUGCGGUGAAACAGGAGGCGGAGGAAGUCAAUUUACGUCUGCCUGAUAACUCCGAGAAGCAAGCAGAGGCUCAAGGGAAGUCUACGAGGACUACUCGACAACGCCGGAAGCCCAGACCAUCGGAACAGCAAAGGAUGAGGGCCCCUGCGCCGGCAUCUAGUUCCAUGAUCCGUCUUGCUUCGGUAUUGCCCACCUCCAAUCCUCACAAAGUCAAUACACCUAUUACUCCCAAGGCCUCGGUCACAAUCACCCAGUCUACCCAGUCUGCUACUCCAACGUUGAAGAUACGAUUACCGCGAUUGAGUGCUGUCAGCGCUGCAGUACAUUCGAAUGCUGCACCACCCGGACCUCGCCCGAAGCGCCGAUUACGACGACAGACUUCUGACACUGCUACUGUCUCAUUGAGCGGCACGUCUUCAUCUGCAACUGAUGGUGGUGACGAAUUUGAGCCAAACAAACCCAAACCUAAGCCACCCAAGAGAAUGCGUGGAUGAGUUCCAUGGACCACACGUUACACGUUGCAUGCAGUACAAAAAGGACAGGAUGUAGAAGAUUAUAUGUAUCUUGUCACAUCGAAAGUUAACAUAAAUCUUGAUAAUAGGGUGUUUGUUUUGUUUGGCUAUGUUAGGAGCCCAUUGAAUCAUAGUUGUGCCGCUGCCGACCAAUCAAUGAC